CAGGAUUCCCCAAGGUGCACUGCAGGAGAGGGAAAGGGCAAGAUAAAUAUGAUGGAGAGGAUACUGGAUUGCUACAGUGAGGGAGGGAGAGAACAUCUGUAACCCUGCUGGUACUGCCUCCGAGACCCACCGUCUCUUGGCGACGAUCUUUGAUAAUAAACAUGGACAAUGCGGUUAGAUACUGCAUCUGCCGUGUGCCCUUACCCACUCUGGUUGCUCAGGCGUCGUGGCGCGAUUGUGUAGCUCAGGGUCGUCUAUUGUUUCUUGAGUAGCUGAGUGAGUGGGCGGCCGGGAGACCCAGGAGGUGAUCUAGACCGAAGGCGCUGGCUGUCCGUUGUUCCACAGCCAAGGCGUCUCCCAGACGGAUCCACUCCCUCCCGCUCCCGUGUCCCUGGCAUGGUGCUCCAAUCCAGACUGUUUCUCUCUAGAGUCUGUUGUCACACAAGCAGAAUUCCCACCUUGGGAAUACUAGGUGGAGCUGGACACUGCAGUAUGUGUGACCAGCAGCUGGUCUGUGUGAUGUCUCAGUUAAAAGUCAUUGGUUCCGCCGGGUGCUGUAGCAACGUAGUGCGUCACUGAGAGACGGUAUGCUGUGUCUCAAAUGGCACCCUAUUCCCUACAGUGCACGAUCUAGGGAGCCAUUUGGUACGCGCAGCCACUGUCCACUGUACUGGGCAGUGGCCCAGGGGAGCACAGACCGACUGGCGCACUGCGUUACACCACUCACUGCAAUGCCGUUGUGUCCGUCUCCUAUACCAAACCACCUGAAUGGAACAAAGAUCUCCCGUCAACCCUGGCUUACAGAUGGAUAAUGGAUUUUGGAUUUACUGGGACAGGGUCGUCUUCUUGAAGGGCUGGGCCGCCCGGAGCCAAGGAGGAUUGCAGUGGCUAGCUGGCGGAUGAGCAGUGAGAUGGAGCGGUCGGGCACGCGGCGGCGCUACCAUGACGAUGGUAUCUCGGACGACGAGAUCGAGGGGAAGAGGACCUUUGACCUGGAGGAGAAGCUGACGAGCGAGAGGUUCACCUCAGACAGGGUCAAACGCAUGGAGGGGAAAGACCUCACGUUUGAGUACAUCCAAAGAGGUGGGUUGAGGGACCCGAUCAUCUUUGAGAAGCCAGACGGACUGGGCAUCAAGAUGCCAGAUCCAGACUUCAGUGUGAACGACGUCAAGAUAUUUGUCGGCAGCAGGCGUAUGAUGGAUGUGAUGGAUGUCAGUACUCAGAAGGGUAUAGAGAUGUCUAUGGCCCAGUGGAGACGUUACUACGAGACGCCCCCCUCCCAGAGGGACAAACUCUACAACGUCAUCAGCCUGGAGUUUAGCCACACCAAGCUGGAGAACCUGGUCCAGAGGCCUGCGUCGGUGGACAUCAUAGACUGGGUGGACAACAUGUGGCCUCGGCACCUGAAGGAGAGACAGAGAGACUCCACCAACUCCAUCACAGACAUGCAGUACCCCAAAGUGCAGAAGUAUUGUCUAAUGAGUGUGCAGGGCUGCUACACGGACUUCCACAUAGACUUCGGAGGUUCCUCGGUCUGGUACCACAUACUGCGUGGAGGCAAGGUGUUCUGGCUGAUCCCGCCCACGCCUCAGAACCUGGAGCUGUAUGAGGACUGGGUGUUGUCAGGGAAACAGGGAGACAUCUUCCUGGGAGACAAGGCCCAGGACUGUCAGAGGAUAGAGCUGAAGCAGGGCUAUACCUUCAUGAUCCCCUCAGGUUGGAUCCAUGCGGUCUACACUCCAGUGGACACCCUGGUGUUUGGGGGAAACUUCCUCCACAGCUUCAACAUCCCCAUGCAACUCAACAUCUACAGCAUCGAGGACAGGACACGGGUACCAGCUAAGUUCCGUUACCCGUUCUACUAUGAGAUGUGUUGGUACGUGUUGGAGAGAUACCUCUUCAGUCUGACCAACACCUCCUACCUCACGCCUGACUUCCAGAAACACUCCCUGGGCAUCGGUCUUACCAGAGACCCCUCCACCUGUGAGUCGAUCAACGGGCACACCCAGGAGGAGGAUGAAGAGGGUGCUCCCCCGACCCAGGGCUCUAAGCCCGGGGUGAAGGUUCACCUCACGCCCUUUGAGCUGGAGGGGCUGUGGAACCUGCUGGGGAAGCUAGAGUCUCUGCCCUCACAGAAGAACUGUGUCCCGGCAGGCAUACACGAUGCUCCCGCUCUGCUGCACGACAUCAGGGCCCUGCUGAAGGAGCAUGCUAAUGACAUCCCCAAACUGUCCUACACUGGCAAGCCCAUCGUCAAGUGGCCCAAGAGGCCGUCGUGGUACCAGCCCCCUCCCCCUCCUCCCCCGGUGGCUCGUCCCAAGCUGUCUGCCACGGUGGUGCCCCCGCGACCCCAGAAGCCCGCUUCCUCCAUGUCCGUGCUGCGGCGGCGGCGUGUGCGGUGUAAGCGCUGCGAGGCGUGCGUCAGGACGGAGUGCGGGGACUGUAACUUCUGCAGGGACAUGAAGAAGUUCGGAGGGCCGGGGAAACUCAAACAGACCUGCGUGCUCCGACAGUGUCUGGCGCCGGGUCUGCCCCUGUCAGUGGUGUGUGAGAUCUGUGCAGAGGGGAACCAGGAGGGAGGAGAGGGGCCAGUCUUUGCCCUCACCCUCAUGGAGUGUUCCAACUGUGCCCAGAUAGCCCACCCCGCCUGCCUGAAGGUAACAGGGGAUGGUGUGGUGAAUACAGAUCUGCCCAGCUGCUGGGAGUGUCCCAAAUGUGUUCUGGGAAUCACCGACACUGAGUCUUCGGGCACCGAUGAUGAUGACAGUGGGGCGUCCGUUGGCCUCGGCGCUGGCGUGAGCUCCCUCUCCGCCACCCAGGGGCCUCUAGGGGUCUCCAUGGAGCCAGGCUCUGCUCCUGGGUUGGGGGACGAGGGCUGGGGCAGGGCGAUACUGCUAUACCCAGGGCUGGUUCCCAACCCCCCCUCCUCCUGGUUCUCCGAGGCGCCCCUUCCCUCCCCUGGGCAGCUACUACUAGAGCAGCACGGCCUCAAGCGGGCGGGGAGAUGGGCAAGCGGGCGCAGGAAGAGGGUGAAGGGGGACAAGAAUAAAAUGUUACACGCGAAACGCAAGUCUUCUUCGUAUCUCGACGGUCGCAUCGCCAAGAUCUACCGUCGCCGUGGUCACAGCCGAGACGACGACGACGACGACGACUCGGGCAGUGAUGAUGAUGAUGAUGAUGAUGAAGGCUCCAGGGGCGGAGGAGGCGGCACGGGACAGAAGAUGUCCGGGCCACGCCCUCGCGGCAGUGGCUCCGCCUCUCGGAGAGGUUACGGGACUGGGAGGCGGGGCAUUUGGAGAGGCUCCUCCCACAGAGGGGCAGGCCGCGGAAGUGCUCUGUCCCCUCACUCCUCCCUGAAGAUGAGGCGCGGCAGAGGAGGGCUGGGGGCGGGCCGAGGGGAUAGAGAGGGGGGGCGUAGGGAGAGGGGAGGGAGAGUGCGCCUCCGGGGAGGCACUAGGAUGCAGAGACGCAGGGACGAGUCAGAGGAGGAUGACGACGAUGAUGACGACGACGAGGAAGAUGACGACAGUGAGGAAGAUCGGCAGCAUCACCACCGGCAACGCCGCAGGCGGAGGAGAACGGAUGACGAUGAGGAAGACGAUGAUGAGGAAGACGAUGAUGAGGAAGACAGCUCGGCCCGGGACCUGGAGGGGGAGGAUGAGGACGUAGCCGAUGAGGAAGACGACGAGAACCGGUCAGACUCUGAACCAGAGCCUCCCGUCCUCCUGGUGUCUGACCUUAACGACGACCUCCUAAACGGCUCGUACCUGACAGUGACCCUACAGCGCCCCCCCAGGGCCAAACGCCACCCCGGCUCCAUCGUGCCCAAGCUGGAGGCCGCCAUGUCUCCCAGAACCCACGGCGGCGGUCCAGGUUACGUCCAGCAUAAAACCCUCGGGAAGACGCGGCACAAAAACGGCACGGUCGCCGCCGGCAACGGCCUGGCCCAGCCCGCCAAGAAUCCAGUCGGCCGGCCGCCUCGUCAUCGUAUCAACAAUCCACCAGGCGACACAGCAGACAGGGAAAGAGAGAGGGACACUGCCUCUCAUUCCUCCUCUGACUCCUCGGCCCCCCCCCCCACCCCUCCUCCCCACUCCUCCCACUCUCCUUCCUCGCUCCUGUCGCUUCCCUCCUUCAAGGAUGUAGGAAACGAGAAAGGAGGGGAGAAGGAGGUGUGGGUGGCGGUGUUCUGUUACCUGAGCAGAGCCGAGCUGGCUAGCUGUAUGACUGUCUGUAAGGCCUGGUACAAAUGGAGUUGUGACAAGCGUCUGUGGAGUGGUGUGGAUGUAUCGCGGUGUCCCUCCCUCUCCUCCCAGGCCGUGCAGGGCAUCAUCAAACGCCAGCCCACCUCCCUGGACCUUUCCUGGACCCCCGUGUCCAAGAGACAGAUCACCCUGCUCAUACACCGCCUGCCAGGUCUGAAGGAGUUGAUGAUAGCAGGUUGCUCCUGGUCGUCAAUGUCAGCCCUGUCCACCCCCAGCCUGCCGUGCCUCCGUACCCUGGACCUGCGCUGGGCAGAGGGGGUCAAAGACACCCAGAUCAGGGACCUGGUCACACCACCAGGUUGUGACAGUCGGUCUCGGCUGCGUGGCUGUGUGGCGCUGCGUCUAGCCGGCCUGGACAUCAGUGACUCCACCCUGAGACUGAUUCUCCGUCACAUGCCCCUGCUAGAGAGGCUGGACCUGGCCCACUGCAGGGACCUCACGGAUCAGUCCGUCUGCCUGCUCACCGCCGCCGGCACACGCAACACGCUCACAGAGAUCAACCUCGCAGGCUGUAACAAGCUGACGGACGGCUGUCUGGCGUACCUGAAGAGGGCGUCUGGCCUGGCGCUGCUAGACCUGCGGGGCUGCAAAGGUGUGACGCUGCGGGGCUGUGAGGGCUUCAUCUCGGACCUCUCUCACUGCGUCCUGUUCUGUAUGACGGAGGAGAAACUCAUCCAGAGGAUAUCCUAAAACUGACCCCGUUCUUACCCCUACGCAAGGGGCACGUAGAGACCCCAUACCAGCCAGGCAGGGGGGGAGAGAUGGGGAGCAGCCAACACCACUCCCCCGGAAAAAGGAGAGCAGGCGCUCCAGAAAAAGGAGGGCGAGCAAAAAAAAAAGUGAAAAGACGUUCCCACUCCUCACUUGGGAUGAUAGAAGACAUGGAGAGAGGAGAGGAUGGAGGGAUGGUGUCAGGAGAGGGGAGAAUGUGCUGUUGCAGCAUCAUGUGUUUAUUAGGAGGGUUAGGAAUCAUAUGAAUAGCACAGACACUUGUUAAUGUUGUUCACGCUACAGGGCUGAAAAUGGGAACCCUGGGCCUCCCGAGUGGUCUAAGCAGUGCUACCUGUGUCACUAGAGAUCCUGGUUCAAGUCCAGUCGCAGCCGUGACCGGGAGACCCAUGAGGCGGCGCGAAAUUGGCCCAGCGUCGUCCAGGUUAGGGGAGGGUUUGGCCUUGUCAAAUGAUGUCCUUGUCCCAUCGUGCACUAGCGACUCCUGUGGCGGGCCGGGCGCAGUGCACGCUGACCAGGUCGCUAGGUGUACGGUGUUUCCUCUGACACAUUGGUGCGGCUGGCUUCCGAGUUGGAUGGGCAUUGUGUCAAGAAGCAGUGCGGCUAGGUUGGGUUGUGUUUCUGAGGACGCAUGGCUCUCGACCUUCACCUCUCCCGAGUCCGUACGGGAGUUGCAGCGAUGAGACAAGACUGUAACUACCAAUUGGAUACCACAAAAUUGGGGAGAAAAAACGUUAAAAAAGAAAAUGGUAACCCUGUGGAUUUUUGUGCUACAUGGUCUACAUGAACUAGAGUGAAUUAGGGUUAAGGUUUCAGGGGAGGUUGAGAGGGAAGGGGACUGAGGAAGACUCAGACAUGACUGGCGUGUCCCACUAGGUUCAGAUUCUAUGCCACACUGCCCAACACUUCCACGGACUCCUUGGGGAAACCGAGGAGACUCGGAAGCACAGAGGGGAUGAUGAAAUGCAAACGAGUGCCAACCCAUUCCUAGAAAUCCCCCCAUUUCAGCUCUCUUCUUUUCGUGCCAUCCUCACCGCUGCUCCUUACGCUUACAGCCAUGAGUUUUGUUGGAUAAAAACUGUACUGUAUCUCUCAUUAGUUACAUCCAAAAUGGUACCCUGUUCCUCAUAGUACACUACUACAGAGCCCUGGUCAAAGGUAGUACUCUAUAUAGGGAAUAGGGUGCUAUUUGGGACGAAUACAUUGUUUCUCUUCAGUUUUACUUGACUCCCUUUCUCACUACCAGCCACUACAGGUCUUAACUUUGCUUCUUUGAAUUCCCUCAUUUGACAGACUAUUUUCCUCCUGUCAUUUUAAUGUCUUUCUUUUCUGUCAGUCUUUUACAGGUGUAACGUUUUGUUCAUCCCCCUGUCUCUGUCCCCCAUAAUGCUAUUGUUAAUAAUGUUGAACCCGGAGGGCUCUUGGGUUGGGCGCGUCCCAAAUGUCAGGUGUGUCCCAAUAUAGCGCAUUACUUUUGAAAAGUAUUGCACUAUAUAGGGAAUAGGAUACCAUUUGGGACGUAGUCUUGGUGAAUUGUUUUGGUUGCCCUACUGCAGUUGCUCAAUGGGACUGUUAUGUGCCUGUAGCAUUGCAAUCAGUUAUAUAAUUAUUUUCUGAAAUGUUUUGCAGAAAUUCUGUUAAUUUGUGGUUUUUACGAGGGAAAAAAAGAAAUUAAAACAAGAAAAAUCUGAAAUGAA